CAUAAUUAAUACUGAGAGAAUUAAAGAUAAUUACAACUACUUACUCUGAAGCUUUGAUAGAUCAUGACUGCAAUUGUGUUAAUCAAACUCUUGUGCCAAGUUCUGAUAUGCUUUAAGAAGAAUGUGGCAAAUAAUCUGGAAUUUUUAAGGAAAAAUAAUCUAAAUGUUGGCUACCUAGGGCUUAGAUUGCAAAUUUCAUCUCAGUUCCUUUCUUGCAUACUGGCUUUAUUUGUAUUUCUUCUCCCAGCAGCUUCACAUACUUUUUCUGAUCGUCAGAAAGGCCCGCAUCCGUUAGGAUUUAUAUCUGAGCUCUUGCUGAUUACUCCGAACAGUGUAAAUGGACAUGCCUGAUCUUUUUGUUUGAUGCCAGUCCCAGUGUCUCUGACUCUGAAUUCAAAGUAGCUUAAGUCGUCAAGAGACUUUGUCACACAAGCACUGACUUCGAUGAACCCACUGGAUGUGAACUUUGAAGCAUUCAAUACCUGUCUGAUUCUUUUGUGGUUGGAGCUGGCCUCACACAGCUGGGAUUCUUCUUCACACUAGAAGAUCAAGUCGACGCCUUUGUUUUGUCACUGGACUUCCAACAGCGCGUUAACUUCUUCGAGCUGUUCUAACGCCGAACAAGCAAAAUUUAAUUUGCAUGGUUUCGUUGUCGAUUUUGGACAAAUUCAGAAUGUCAUCUACUAAAGUCAGAAAUGUCGCUGAAAAGGUGGGACGACCUUCACAUACUUCGAGAUGAUGUCAGAGUUCAUGGUGAUGCUUCUGUCUUAGAAUCAACCAUCGUGAAUCUUCUAUCUGAAAGUGAUGAGCAGCUCUUCCAAACUUUACUUGCUGAAACUGAAAGAGUUGAUUAUGGCAUUCGGUGGAGUCCUGAACUCGUAACUCAUCACUUGCAAACAUGAUCUUUUGCAUUUUGAUUCUGGUUUUGACAUGCUCGAGUUUAAUGAUGUCAAUAAUGUCAAUAGAUACAAACAUUACUGAUGAGUGUCUCCUCCACUCAGUCUUUAAGAACUCUAUAUUGAAGUUUCUAAUUGGUUUAUUUUCUUUGCCUAAUCCAUCAUUUAUACUGUCUAGCUAACCUGAAUCAUUUCUAAAUACUAUAAAUAUGCACUCUUCAAUGGGAGUAAAUCCAAAGUGGGGACAUUUAGUGAUCCAACUCAAAUGAAUACUUUUCUCCUUGUCCCAGUGCCUCUGCAUUGAAUGAUAGCAUUGUCUUGGGUUCGUUUUAGCUUAUUCUGUCUUUGAUAAUGAUGCUAAACUUAAUACUAGAGAAGAGUAAGGCUUCUUGCUAAUUUUUCAUGUUCAUCUUUAUUACUCGUGGUGACCCUGACUUUAUCAAGUUCAUGGAUCUUCCAGUUCAAAAAAGUGUUUUAUUCUCAAAUUUAUCAUUUGAAUAUCCCUUGGACAAUUUAGAUAUUUUCUGAGGAAGUAUUAAAACUGGGUGAGGAAAUUGUCAAACAAUUUUUGUUUCUUCUUGACUGGCUUAUUGUUCUCAAUAAUCAUCCAGUAUAUUUGAGAAAGUUUCAUUUAUUUGAAUCUAAGUCCAAGUUCCGGGGUGAUAAUUGACAUCAAUCCUGAAGCUAUUAGGGUUUCAUCAACCUCACCAGAUCUGUAAACUGCGAUUAUAAGUGUGUGGCUACAAAUAGAGCAGAAGUCAAGCUGAUCAAGUGCAUUUUAGAGCGAGUCAAAACUGACAAGUGAAAAUUAUGGAGGUGUAUCCUGAAAAUAAUACAUAAUAGUGACCUUUGUGGUUAAUUUGGAAUAUUAAAUGAGGGAUGACUAUGCUAGCUACAUUAAAAAAUAAGAGUAUAGAGAGUUUGAAUAAUUCAAGUUCUUUAUUCAGAAAUACUUUAGUACUUAUUGAUGAAGUAAUAAAUCUAUUACUUGCUUAUUCUUGAUCUCAAUAAUCAACAUUCCUAUCAUAUUUGAAUAUAUGUAGAGAAUUUUCAUAUAAAAUGAUUAGCAACAUUAAACUCAAAAGUGAUUCAGCAUUCAAAGAUAGAUAUAAUAAUAUGCUUCUAAGUUGUUCUAGAUUCAAAGUCUGUGGGUUAUCAAAGAAUCUUACAAUAAGAAUUACGAAGCUCAUAAACACAAACAGCCAUCUUGCUUAAUUAUAUCAAUAAGUUAUAAAAUCUGUUUUCUGAAAGUCAAAUUCUUGCUUAUUGUAUGAGGACAUUUUAUCUACUGAAAAUGUAACCAUUCUCAUAAAAAUGGAGAAAUAUACAUAUUCCUACAGAAAUCAUUAGUUUUAAACAUUUCAUCUGCAUUGCUAUUGGGCGGAUAGAAUGGGCAUCUAAUUGCAUUGAACGCAUUUAAAAUUAAAAAUGCAUCACUUUCACUAAGUUCAUAGCAAUACAAAUCUCAAAGUUUACAUUUCAGUUCAUUAUAUUUCUUUCUAUAAGAAUUAUCUCAGACUAGAAAAGAUUGUCCCUCAAGAUUUUAUUCUUUCUAAAGUUCCAUCUCCUCUCAACUCUAAGAUAUUUUUCCGAUGUGCAAAGAGGCUUCCCUUCUUGAUAUAACCCAUCGAGGGUUCAUUCAGAUGGUCCAUCUAGUCUUGAGUUUACUCUGUGGACUUACUCUUGGGAAUGAGGUUCUCCAGUUGGCCAAACUCAGUAUCUCUUUGCUGGGAAGCUUUUUGAACUGUGUUAACUUGUGCAUGCUGAAGGAUGAUUAAAACUAGCCAAGCCCCAUAUUUACCUAGUUGGGUUUAUAUAUUUAUUAUUA